CAUUUCAGUCUCUCUCCUCGCAGUCUACCCCCAGUUUCGCAUUUCCACAGCCAAAUAUGGCAUUCAACACUCGCUGUCUCUCUUUUCUCCUCCUCGUCCUCGCCGUCUCCACAGUCGCCGUUUUUGCCGAUGAAGAUUGCGUGUAUACGGUGUACAUAAGGACCGGGUCGAUCUUCAAGGGAGGAACGGACUCCAUCAUUAGCGUCAGGUUCUACGACGCCUACGGCGAGGGGGUGGAGAUCCCGAACCUGGAGUCCUGGGGCGGCCUGAUGGGCCUUAACUACAACUACUUCGAGAGGGGCAAUCUCGACAUUUUCAGCGGGAGGGGACCUUGCCUGAGCACUCCGGUCUGCGCCUUGAACUUGACCUCUGAUGGAAGCGGACCACAUCAUGGUUGGUACUGUAACUACGUUGAGGUAACCAUCACUGGUGUCCACACGCCGUGCUCGCAGCAGCAGUUCACUGUCGAGCAGUGGCUGGCCCGUGAUGCGCCACCGUAUGAGUUAACGGCCAUCAGAAACUAUUGUCCAUUGGAUCUCGUUGAACUUAAAGGUCGAGAUGGGGUAAAAGUCAAAUCUGCAGCCGUAUGAUACGUUUUUAUGGUAUUAUUAUUGGAGAUGAUUAAGAGAGAUGUUUUUGGUCUGUACGUGAAUCUGAUAUGGCCUUAGCGCCGUAUGUAAGCUGUCAUUAAUAAUAAUAAAAGGGCUGUAGCUAAAUUGUCAUUA